UAUAGGGUUCUUGAUUGUCUCUCAGUGGUGCUUUGGUGUUGUGACGUGGGUGUCAAGUGUCUCCAAAGUGGAAAUUAGGUCUACUUCUGAGGGAUACAGGAUAUCUGUGUAGCUAACUAGCCCGGCAACACUGCCACUCUGAGUCUGCGUCCUGUGCCAUCGGCAUCACGCCGCCAUGCCCGAACCAUGCCACCAUGUUGUGAUUGAGUGCGUGCGUGGUGUUGUGGGUGACUCACGUGUUCACAACCCACUUUAGCUGAAAUAAUAACUCAAAAACCCAAAAAAAUACAUAAAAACCAUAUGAAAAAUCACCAAAAAAAUCGAAAAAGCAUUAAACGUUAAAAAUAUUCAAUUUUUUUUCGUUUUACGCGUAAAUCGCCUUGACCGCGUGUGAAGCUAGUACAGCUGUCCAGCUGCCACGAUGAAUCCCGGGGCCCCAAACUACCCGAUGGCGUCAUUGUACGUCGGGGACCUGCACUCCGACAUUACGGAGGCUAUGCUGUUCGAGAAAUUCUCGACUGCUGGACCGGUGCUUUCCAUACGGGUCUGCAGAGAUCUGAUCACCCGUCGCUCUUUAGGGUACGCCUACGUGAAUUUUCAGCAGCCCGUUGAUGCUGAGCGCGCCUUGGACACGAUGAAUUUCGAUUUGAUCAAGGGAAGACCUAUCCGUAUCAUGUGGUCCCAACGCGACCCCUCUCUGCGUAAGUCCGGGGUUGGGAACGUGUUCAUCAAGAACCUCGAUCGGUCUAUCGAUAACAAGGCUAUGUACGAUACUUUUUCGGCCUUCGGGAAUAUCUUGAGUUGCAAAGUGGCUCAAGACGAGAACGGUCAGAGCAAGGGGUACGGCUUCGUGCAUUUUGAAACCGAAGAAUCUGCUAACAAGUCCAUUGAAAAGGUAAAUGGGAUGUUGCUGAACAACAAGAAAGUGUACGUUGGCAGGUUCAUCCCACGCAAGGAAAGGGAGAAGGAACUUGGAGAGAAAGCCAAACUGUUCACCAACGUGUAUGUCAAGAACUUCGGCGAGGACGUGACUGAAGAGCAGUUGCGGACAAUGUACGAGAAAUUCGGGAAAAUCACUAGCUUGAAGAUAAUGAACAAGGAAGAUGGAAAAUCCAAAGGUUUCGGCUUCGUGGCAUUUGAGACCCCAGAAGCGGCCGAGGCGGCCGUGGAAGCUUUGAACGGCAAGGAACUCGUAGAAGGGAAACCCCUGUACGUCGGUCGCGCUCAAAAGAAAGCCGAGCGCCAACAGGAGCUCAAGAGACGGUUCGAGGCGCUCAAGAUGGAGAGACUCAAUCGUUACCAAGGAGUGAAUCUUUAUGUAAAGAAUUUGGACGACACCAUCGAUGACGAACGCCUGAGGAAGGAGUUUGCUCCGUUUGGAACAAUCACUUCCGCAAAGCAGGUCAUGAUAGAAGAUGGCAGAAGCAAAGGCUUCGGCUUCGUCUGCUUCUCCUCUCCGGAAGAAGCGACCAAGGCCGUUACUGAGAUGAACGGUCGCAUAGUCGGUACGAAGCCGUUGUACGUCGCUUUGGCCCAACGAAAGGAAGACCGCAAGGCUCACCUGACCUCGCAGUACAUGCAGCGCGUCGCGAACAUGCGCAUGCACCAGAUGGGUCAGUUCAUUCAGCCGGGCGCAAGCAACGGAUACUUCGUGCCCACUAUACCGGCCGCGCAAAGAUUCUACGGACCGGCGCAGAUGGCGCAGAUCAGAACGAGCCCCAGAUGGCCAGCUCAGGGCCCUAUCAGACCCGGCGCGCAAGGUGGCGCUACCGGAUAUCCCGAUGUUCGAAAACGCUUAUCCGUUUCUAGGCAUGCCGAACACAUACCGCGCGGCUGCAGCUCGUCCGCCCAAUCAGACGGCGGCUAUGCGCGGCAACAUGAGCGUCGCUAGACCAAUCACCGGCCAGCAACCGGCCGGCAUGCAGGGCCGCCCUCUAGCGGGACAGGGAGGAGUCGUUGCGACAGCCGGAGGCCGCACCCCCAACUUCAAGUACACGCCGAACAUGCGCAAUCCGCCGCAGGCAUUGGGAUUGCAGGCUGCAGCAGCUUCGGUCCAACAGGCCGUGCAUAUCCAAGGUCAGGAGCCGCUGACGGCCACCAUGCUGGCCGCGGCUCCCCCGCCGGAACAGAAGCAGAUGCUGGGCGAACGGCUGUUCCCUCUCAUCCAGAGGAUGUAUUCGGACCUCGCCGGCAAAAUCACCGGCAUGUUGCUCGAAAUCGACAAUACCGAACUGUUGCACAUGCUCGAGCACAACGAGUCUCUUAAGAACAAAGUCGAAGAGGCUGUAGCGGUGCUGCAGGCGCAUCAUGCGAACAAACAGGCCGCUACUCAGAUCAAAAAAGAUUAGAGCGCGUCCACGCGACGUGAAGAUAUAUAAAAGAAAAAAAAAAGGUCGUUGUAGAUGGAUGCGAUCGUAUAGGGAAUAUUGACUUUAACCAUGUUUUGAUUCCGAUAAAUUCGUAUACAGGGUGUUCCACGUAGAACUGCAGCUGUCGAUUACUCGAAAAGUUGACGAUAGGCGAUUAUGAAAACUUGGGGUGCUAAUCCUUUAGGGUGUGUGUAAUGUACCUCCGGUGCCCGGGUACGAGAAAAGUCUAUACCUGUUUUGUGCUAUCUGUCUGACUAACCUCCCCACACCACUUUAGAAAGCAUAAGUAAAGGUUUUCAUUAAUCGUAAAUAGCAACAUCCCAGCUCUACAGCUGAAGAUAUAGAUAUAUUUUACAGCAUUUCUACACGUGAAUUCGAGACUCGUACAUGGCCGAGAGCCAGACAAAGUACAGUCACAACAAAUGAGCUGGCGGAUUGUACACGUGUACAGAAACAAUAAGGAAUAAAGAAGAAGAAUAUCAAAAUGUUUAAAUUCCAUUAAAGUAGACUCUUUCUAUGAGGGAGCGGUUACAAAUCGUUCGACAAAGACAAAAAUGUACGAAAUAUUGAUAGGUUUUUAUGGAGUUGCAUUUGAGAAUUCUUACAUAAAAAAUUUGACGUUAUAUGUGAAAUCUAUUUGAGUAGAUUUCAAACAUUUAAUAAUAUACAAGGUGUUUCAUUUUAAAUAACAAGUUUCCAUAAUUAUCUAACGCCAAAUUUUACGGUAAUUGAUCCCUGCAGUUCUACUUACAAAUUAUAAUUUUUGCAGUUGCCAAGUUUAAACCUUGGAGAUUAUUUUGAAAUAAAUAAUAAAAUUAGCAAGCUUUCGGUUUUCGCAGAGUGUACUAAUGCUCAAAAUGAAGGAAAAGUGUGUUUGAUCAUCGUUACACCAGUCUUCGGGGGAUAAAUAUUUAGCAUUUGUCGACAACGACUAUAUAAAAAAUUGCAAAUACAUAUACCAUACUCGUAAUAUACAAAAAAAUCGCAAAUGAUAAAAAUGAAAAUUAUUAUACUCUAAAUGUACUUCUUUCAGAUUGAUUUUUAGCUUCACGGUUUCUACAUAACCGUAUAUAUAACCUUUUCGUUUUAUCAUGCUACUAUGACAGUAUAAUUUUAUUUUAACGUUUUUUGUUGCAAAGUAGUCUUUUGACUGUUUCCAAAUUUUUAAGGUAUGUCAUUAGAAGUAGUCCAUAUAUUAUACUGUGGAAUCACACAUUUUUGAUGAGGGUGAAAUUUGCCUAUUUUUGAACUUUGAACAAUUUACUGGAAUAGUCGAUAAUUUUAUGAUAUUACCUAUUCGGAUAGCACUACCAUAAACGAUUUGCUAUUUCUGAAAUAGAAGCAAUACGUACAAAAACUUUUUUUCACAAACAGUUGUUGCUUUUUCCUUUUUUUUAUUAGUUUCUUAACUUGAAGUUACCUUUUGAAACUACUGUGCUAUCUGAGUAUUAAUAAUUAAAUAUAAGAAAUAUUUGUUGUUAGUACUUAUCAGUGAAUAAUAAUACUUCAUUUAUGAUUAUCUUAUGGUUUGUGGAUUGUUUAUCUUUUUUUUUAGUGGGAAAAAUAAAUGCAUUUAUAGGAAAAA